GUUCCGGGGCGGGCGGCGGUUCCGUCUGUGCGGGCCGCGCCGCGGCUGCUGGUCCCGGGCGCGCGGAGGGCGCGAGCGGCGCGCGGGGGCCGAGUGGGCGCGAGGCAGCGGCGCGGGGACUCCGGGCCGCGGCGGCGGCCCAUGGGGCGGGAGGCGUGAGGCCGCUGCCUGUCCGGGGCUCGGGGGGUGGGGGGAGCGGGGCGGGGAGAUGGAUAAACUGACCAUCAUCUCAGGAUGUCUCUUUCUGGCUGCCGAUAUCUUCGCCAUCGCCAGCAUCGCCAACCCGGACUGGAUCAACACCGGGGAGUCUGCGGGAGCACUCACUGUGGGCCUCGUGCGACAGUGUCAAACAAUCCAUGGACGAGACCGGACGUGCAUCCCUCCCCGGCUUCCCCCGGAGUGGGUCACCACACUGUUUUUUAUCAUCAUGGGAAUCAUUUCAUUGACUGUCACAUGUGGUUUGCUGGUGGCUUCCCACUGGCGAAGAGAAGCUACAAAAUAUGCUCGAUGGAUAGCAUUCACUGGAAUGAUCCUUUUCUGUAUGGCUGCCCUAAUAUUUCCAAUAGGAUUUUACAUCAAUGAAGUCGGAGGUCAACCUUAUAAAUUACCCAACAACACAGUAGUUGGGUCAUCAUAUGUACUUUUUGUCUUAUCAAUUUUCUUUACAAUAGUAGGACUUCUAUUUGCUGGCAAAGUUUGUUUACCAGGCUGAUGAAUGUCUAAAUUGCUUGACUCUUAUUAUUUUUUAUUUUAUUAUUUUUGGAGGGUGGAGAGGACAAAGGCGAGGCAUCUGAGCAGCUCUCUCAUGGGAACAUGCUCAGAUGAAACUGAUGCUGAGAAGGAAAAAAAACAAAAACUUUGAUUUGUUCUCACUAUGCACUUUGGAUUUAAAAAAAAAAAAAAAAAGGAGAGCCUUUUCCAUAAC